CCCUCGAGGCCUCACGUGAAGAUUGUGAGUGGGAGGGGGGAGAGGGAGAGGGAGAGGGAGAAGGGCAGGUGGGGGGGGGAGGGAGGAGGGAGGGAGAGGGAGAUGGGGGGAUGGAGGAAGGGAGGGAGGAGGCGUAGGGGAGGUAGGAGAGUGGGUGGGUGGAGAGAGGGGAGGAUAAGGGGAGAGAGGAGGAGAGGGAGGUGGAGGGAGGGAGCGAGGGAUGGAGGGAGCGAGGGAGUGAGGGGAGUAGAGGAAUAAUUUUUUAGCGUUGUAAAUUCUUGU